CUGUUAUUUUUUAUGUUUGUAAAAUAUAUACCAUAUUAUGCUUACUAUUGUUUAUUGUAUUUCUCCUUGUUAAGCAGAUUGGACAUGGUAUCGAUGAUCAGAUAUUAUUGUUGAUGUACUUAUAUUGGCAUAGAAACAAUUAUAAACUGGAGUAUGAUAAAAGAAAUAAGGAUUUAACAUCGUCUUUAUCUGGUCAAAAGUAUACCUUAGAAUUAUUGUUGGCACUAGUCGACAAUAUAUAGAAUUAAUGCACAUGUCACGUGAUGUAUAUGUUCGGCUAUGUCAGCAUUUUAGGUACAAUGGAUGGCUUAUAGAUAGUAAACAUAUAUCUGUCGAAGAGAAGAUAGCUAUUUUCUUUAUUAUUAUAGGACAUAACGAGCGUUUUGUGGUUAUUAAGAGAAGAUUUCAACAUUCAUUGCAAUCGGUUCACAAGUACUUUCAUGAGGUUCUUGAUGCAAUGAUGAAGUUUGCAAAUGAGAUGAUAACACCUACUAUAUUUGAUACGAAUCUGAAUAUUCCUUGUGCUAAUAACAGGUUACGAAGAAUUUUUAAGGGAGCAAUAGGUGCACUAGAUGGGACAUUAGUACAUGAUGUUAUUCCAGCUAAUCAACAGAUUGUUUACAAAGGAAGAGGAAAGGGUAGAUGUUAUCAAAAUGUUUUGGCAAUAUGUGACUUUGAUAGGUUUUAAAUGUUCUUGCCUUAUGUUUUGACGAUCUAACAAACUUACUGUUAAGAACCAGAUAGGGAACCUGAACUACUCGGACUAUACUGCAAGUUUAACGAAUUUCAGCUAUAGGUGAACUGCUACAGCUUCAGGAGCUAAGAACCCAAACAAGGAACUGAUACCCUUGUGGUUUCCUCAUCACAGUACAAAGUCAAUUGGUCACAGCUGGAAAUGAAGUGACUGAUUGUACUAUUUCUGUCGCACUGCACUGUCCAGCGCCCAUUCAUUCUCUGACCAACUAAAGUGCUCACAUCAUUUCAAGUGAUGUGAUCAAGGUGUAUCUACAAUGAGUUUACACAAAAUAUCACUUGAAUGUUUCAGUUUCUUAUUCAAGUUUCUAGCCAAAAACAGAGAAAUCAAUCCUCACAAGCUUGAAGAACAAAGUUGAACGCAACUACGGACCAAUUCCUAAAAGAUAGCUUGUUGUUAUCCUAGUUGAGUUGUAACUUUGUGAUUGUACUUAUUGUAUCUCCUAAACUGCUUAGCUAGAAGCGUUUGAUUAGGAACCCUCUUGUAAAUCAGUAAACUCCUUGAGUUUAUGUUGUGACUAGGUUUAGUCAUAAGCAAAAGUCUUUGUAAUUGUAGAGUUACAA